AUGAGCACAGGAAGGUUACUCAGAGCUGAGGCUUUAUCCUGGAUGUCUGAUGAGGACAAUGUGACUGGAGGCCAGUCCCACGGUUCGGUCCUGCAGCCUUUCUGGGACUACCUCUACCAGAACCACCAUGACCUCCUGAGAAGCCCUCCCUUCCCCGUGGUCCUCUCCGUCUCCACCUACUUCUUCCUGGUUGGUCUCUACACCGUGCUGGACCUGCUGGCUCCCACCUGGCCGUGCAUAAACCGCUACAGGCUCCAUCCUGACAGACCCGUCACUUGGCCUAACAUCUGGACUACCCUGGGGCUCACCAUCUACAACAAUGUGCUUUACAUCUUUCCUGCUACAGUCGCCCAGUGGCUGUGGAGGCCGCCCACCCCGUUGCCCCGCGAGGCACCCACUUUCUGGAGCUUCUUCCUGGGAAUCAUGGGCUGCAUGGUGGUCUUUGAUUUCCAGUAUUACCUGUGGCACCUGCUGCACCAUCAGGUACCAUGGUUGUACCGCACGUUCCAUGCUGUGCACCACCAAUACAACCAGACUUUUAGCUUAGUCACCCAGUACUUGUCUGGCUGGGAGUUAUUCAGCUUGGGUUUUUGGGCUACAAUAGACCCCAUCCUUCUUCAGUGCCAUUGCCUCACAGCGUGGGGCUUCAUGGUCUUCAACGUCUAUGUGUCCAUUGAGCAGCACUGCGGCUAUGACUUUCCGUGGGCCCUGCAUAACCUGGUGCCCUUUGGCCUCUGGGGAGGUGCACCCAAGCAUGAUGCUCACCACCAGAGGCCCGGCACUAACUUUGCCCCAUUCUUCUCUCACUGGGACUGGCUGGGGGGCACCCACACUGUGCCAACUCUCCAGCCACGCUGCAGCGGCAGAGCCAGACAAGAUGAAAGGUAG